CGCAACGCAGUGCCGGUCCGCGCUUGGUAUUUAUGCAAAUGAAAGCACACUUGGGCUAGCAUUUAACCGUUAUUGCGCGCCCAUAUCGACGGAAUGCCAAAUCGAGUAGAAAUCAUCUGAAUAUCUCGACAAAUCGCAGAUCUGACUUGUGCUCAAAGUGGGCUAAGUGAAAAGAGCCAAACGCAAGCGCGAACGCAACAAUUGCAUUGACAGAAGUGAUGAAUCGCAGUGUUGGCGCAAAGUGAACGGGUUUUCGGUCGGGUUUCGGUUAGUCGGUUAGUUAGUCGCUCGUUGCAGGCAUUUCACCAACGCCGACUGCAAUUCCAAUUUCCGAACAAGUCAGAGCAAAAGCCAAAAACGAAAGUUUCAACGAAAUUCGUAAAGUCUCGAGCCAAAUUCUUUUUGGCGGAAUUCCGCAAAAGUUUUGUCAAGUCCCCAGUGAGCAGUGCUAAAGGCCAAAGCCCGUAAAAAUGUGUAAAACAAAUCAAUUAACCGCAAGCUGCAGCCAACUAAACUAAUGCGCAUUAUCUAAGAGGUAAACUAAUUAAAAAACCAAGCGGAUUGAAAAGAGCGUAACGAACAGAACGUGCAACAGCGAUCCAGCGAAACGGUGGCAUGAAAUUGAUGCACAAAAUAAAAGAAAAACACAACAGCCCAGAGAUUGAGAUACAAUAUAAAAACAAAUUACAGCAGAGUGGUGCCGAGUGGUGCAGCAAAAGUUUAAUGAAAAUGCUAAGCAGGCCGAGCGCUGUUGCCCGACGUCAGAUCAAAUUAAAAGCAAACACGCACAGAAAGCGACGCUGCAGCCCGCUGCUGUUGCCAUUGCUGCCACUGCUGCUGCAGCUGCUGUGCCAGCUGGGGCAUGCCACGGUGUUGACAAAUGGCGGGCACAAUCAAACAGGCGGCGCUGCUGGCCAGGCCUUCAGUCAGCCUUUGACGACGAUGACGGGCGUGGCGCGUAACGACGACAACAGCUUCCGGCCCAUCCUGCCCAGGGACAUCAGCCCCGAGUUUAUAUCGCGCAAUGUGUUUACCAAAUCGGGGCAGUACCGGGUCUUCCAGCCGGUCGAGGGCGAAAGCGACUUGCGCCUGGCAGUCGCUGUGAAGCGCAAGGAUUACAUGCGAGAGGAUGCACCUGCAGAGUCACACAAUGGUUGGGCCGAGGCAAGGUCGAAGCCAGCUCAAAUGUCAACAACUACGACAACAACAACGAGAGUAACAACAACAACAACAACAACAACGACGAAGCCAACAACAACCACAAAACCCUUUGAGAGAGUUAGGCAGCUAAACGAGAGCUCGACUGCGAUGCAGAAUGAGCUGCAGGGCCUGGAGGACUUGCUCACCGAAUAUGUGCAGCAAUUCUUCAACGAGGGCAAAUAUGAGGCGAUGCCAGGACUCGUGUUUGCACUGCAAAAGAAUCACACAAAGCAGCACGUGGAGAAACCCGUCAGGCUCGAGCGCAGCCUUUUCGAAUCGGCCAAUGUGGAGCUCAACGUUCCCCGUGCACUGCAAAGCGCUCGGCUAUUGUUUUUUGCAGGACUCAAGAAGAUAAUGUGGCCCAUCUACAUGGCUUUGCAGGUGCUAAAGAGCUUGCUGUUCGCCCUCUUUCUGCCCACAAUCAUUGGCAGCGUGAGUCGCCUGAUUGGCAAGGGCAUUACCUCGGGCUCGGCCAGCUCCGUGCCGUUGUUUGUGCGUCCCAUGGAUCCGCCGCAGGAGCUGGACUUUCGGGACAACAGCCUUAACUUUGAGGAGGAUAACAAGUUCGCGAUGGCCGAUGAUGGUAAGCCGAAUGCUGGCUAUGAGUACAAUGCAGAGGCCUCGCAGCAGCAGGCGCAGUACGCGCCGUUCAAUCCCAACUCGCUGAACUCGGCCACGCUGUCGAGGUACGGCGGACAGCAGAUGCAGGACACGUAUCUCAGUGCGCUGCAAAGCAUUGGCGCCGCCUCCUUCAAGAACUCGCAGAGCCUCUCGUCGGGCUCGUCCAGCGGCAUGGCGGCACCCGGCAUGGCCAAGAAGCCCGCCUCGCCCGCCAACAUGAACACAUUCCAGAGCUUCCAGAAGGUGCCAAACUCCUCGCUGCUGUUGUCCAACUACGAUCCCUUCUACAGUCCGCUGCUGUCGCGUCUGGACUCGGUGUUUGCCCAGCUGAAACUGAACUCGGAGAACGAGCACUGUCGCGAGAAGCUCAUCUGCCUGAUGUACGCCAAUCCCGCAAAGUAUGCUCCGUACAGCAACCUCGUCUCGGCCCAGCUCAGUCGCGAGCUAAAUGAAUUGCGCAAGCCGACCUCCGAUAACCCAGACAUCCUGCGCUUCUUCAAGUACAUGCGCGCCGCCAAGGAUGGCCAGGAUGGCGUCGACUGCGAGCAGUCGUUCGUGAAAUGCAAAGAAUUCAAGGAUUUCGAAAAUCCAGCAAUGCUCUCCACAUACAACGACAUCAACAAACUGGUGGAGGCCCGCAAGCUGGCGUAGGACGCAGAAGGCCAGACGAGCCAGACGAGCGAAAGGUGAAAGUUCGCACGAGUCAGGACCUGGGCACCCCAGGUGUUGAUGCCUGUAGCUGUAAUUAUGCAAAUUUAACUUUAGCCUAGCCAUACAUGAAUGCAUAUGUGCGACUAUACAUUAUUUAUCUGUACACAUACAUACAUACACAAACAACAUGCUGCGCAUAGACAUAAAUAUUCGUAUAAAUA